GAAGAACUCAGAGUUUCAAUUUCUUAAAGAUGACUUCAGCAUUUAGGACCAACAACAUGAAAAGCUGUUUCCUGCUCAUUAUGUUCCUGCUGACAGCCUGUGAGAUGUCACAACAGAAUGAAUGCAGAACAUGGGUUGAAUUCACCUGCAACAAAGGAAAAGCUACAGAAAAACAUUAUAUAAAGUAUGAAUCAAAGCAAAUCCCAGAGAUGGUCUUCAGGGAACUUAAAAGUGAGGAAUCCUGGGAGAAAAUGUGCAAAACGUCUAAACCAUCAUCCAGCAACGAGAAACCAGCUGUGAAAAGCGAAUGCCUGAAGCGAUUUAAUCAAAUUGCAUACAGAACAACUAAAACCACGAUCAAAUGUGAUUAUGAAGGAGACAACAAACCAUUUUUUUUCUGCAAAGAGAAUAACUCUGUCUGUGAGAACAUGGUAUCAGCAGAAUCUCCUCGACAGUCAAACAGCAGAUUCACUUUCACAAACACACACAGAAACUUCAGCCUGUCCAUCAGUAACGUGUCCUCACAGGAUGAAGGUGUCUACUGGUGUGGAGUGAAUUUAAAAAAAGAGGUUGUGAUCAAAAAAAUACACCUGAAUGUGGAACAUAUUAAGAAUUUCACAAGAUCACCAGCUGCUGGUCAGAACUUCACAUACUGGUGUAAAUGCAAAGACAAUGCCUCACCUUCACAAUCAAUCUGUAAGGGAGACGAUCCAUCUAUAUGUCAGCCUCUAGUAACAACCAGUGAGUCUGAUAAGAACAAGAAGUUUUUCAUAAAUGAUAAAGACAAGACAAACAUUACUGUUACAAUAAUAAAUGUAACAGCUGAUGACAGCGGGACAUACUGGUGUCGAGCGAAAAAAAACAACCAACAAAUCUGCAACAGACUGAUCCUGACUGUAGUAUCACCACCAACAUCCACGUCUACCAUUUCAUCAACUACAGCGACAACUACAGCGACGACUACAGCUGCAGCUGCAGCUGCUGGGAGACCUGGCGUCUCUGAGGCCAUCAUUUCUGUGAUCAUCUGUGUGGCUGUGCUGCUUUUUGUGAUACUGAUGAUCCUAAUAUAUAAACGAUUUUCACGUUCAAAAAACACAGGAAAUGGUGCAGCAGCAUGCCGUACCAAAGAGGACUGUACCUAUGAGGAGAUACAGGAGCGCCUCCAGCUGUCAUACUCAGAAAAUGCAACAAACACAAUUUAUGCUACUGUCAGCUCUCCAAACCCCGCGCCCUCGACACAUUACGCUACCAUUAACUUUCAAAACUCCGAUAAAGCUGCUGGUGAGACAGUCAGACUCAGCUACUCUGCCUGUGAAUAUUCUACUGUGAAGUUUCCCAAAUGUCCAACUGACUCGAGUGACACUCAACUGCACCGGCCGACCGAGGAGCCUCUCUACUCAACAGUCAACAAACCAAGAAAAUGAGAUCAUUUAUUUAAAGAAUA